UUUGAAACCAGUAAAGUCAAAGAUAUUAUUUUGUUGUUAAGAAGAGGAAAAAAGUCAAAGUUAUCCUGUUUGUUUGUUUUCCCCAAAUUAAGAAAAAAGCAAAGGCGUAGAGGGAGAGAGUUUGUUCUCAGGAAGUCGGUAUCUCUAUCGAAGCCGACUUCACGUCACGAUUACUUACUUCCACGUUACAUUUUGUCGUGUUUUCUUCCUUCCGUUUCCUUCUCUGGCAAGUCUGCUUCGUACGUACUCUCUCUUCAUUCCCACUUCACACUUUCUACUUUUUACCAAAUCCUAUCCUCAACUCUAAUUCCCACCAUUUCUGAUCCACGAUUUCAAAUUGGGUGGUUGGAAGCAGUGUUUGUGCUGUAAUUGGAUCUGAUCUGAUCGGAUUCGAUUGAAAUUUGGAUCCCAUGGAGAAGCACGAGGAGGAAAACGGUCUUUGCAAGGCGGAAUCUGUUGAUGGUAGCCUUGAUGUUUGGAGUUGUCAGAAUUCUGAUUCUUCUUCCGCUGAUCACCUUGUCGUUAUGGUCCAUGGGAUCUUGGGAAGUACGGAUGAUUGGAAGUUUGGAGCUGAGCAGUUCGUCAAAAAGAUGCCAGACAAAGUCUUUGUUCACUGUAGUGAAAAGAAUGUGUCUGCGCUUACUCUAGAUGGUGUGGAUGUAAUGGGUGAACGUCUAGCAGCUGAGGUUCUUGAUAUUAUUCAGAGAAAACCAAAUAUCUGUAAAAUCUCCUUUGUUGCACAUUCUUUGGGAGGGCUUGCAGCAAGAUAUGCAAUUGGGAAAUUGUACAAGCCCGCUAAUCAGGAAGAUGUUAAAGACUCGGUAGCGGACAGUAGUCAAGAGACUCCCAAAGGCACAAUAUGUGGACUCGAGGCUAUGAAUUUUAUUACUGUAGCUACACCACAUUUGGGUUCAAUGGGUAAUAAACAGGUUCCGUUUCUCUUUGGUUUUUCUUCCAUUGAGAAAGUUGCAGGUCUCAUUAUCCACUGGAUAUUUAAAAGAACGGGCCGUCACCUUUUCUUGAAGGAUGAAGAAGAGGGAAAACCACCAUUGCUUCGACGCAUGGUGGAAGAUACCGAUGAUUGUCAUUUCAUAUCUGCACUGCGAGCCUUCAAAAGGCGGGUGGCUUAUUCAAAUGUGGGCCAUGAUCACGUUGUUGGCUGGAAGACGGCAUCCAUUAGACGUGACAGUGAAUUGCCUAAGUGGGAAGAUUCUCUGAAUGAGAAGUAUCCUCAUAUUGUUUACGAAGAACUCUGCAAGGCAUGUGAUAUGGAGGACAUACCAGAAGGCGAGAAUCAUUCAGACGACAUAGAAGAAGAAAUGAUCAAAGGCCUCUCCUCUGUCUCAUGGGAAAAAGUUGAUGUUAGCUUUCACAGUAGCAGGCAGAGGUUUGCUGCCCAUAGUGUUAUACAGGUUAAAAAUGAAGAUAUGCAUAUAGAAGGAGCAGAUGUCAUAGAGCAUAUCAUCGAUCAUUUCCAUGCUUAAAUCAGUAAACUUUUCAUCACCCAAGAGUUUGGGACACGACAUUAAGGACUCAAAUUUCUUAUAGUAGAGCAACAAUUUUCCAGCUGGACGUUUAUAUGUCACGUAGUUGUUUACACUAUAAAAUCAUCUCAUUUUGUCUGUAAUUGCACAGGUAGCAAGACGUCAAUUAUGACCAAUGUAUUUGAUACAUGGUAUUAGCAAAGCAAAUUGUUCAAUUCAAUUGUAUCAUGUAUUCACAAAUAUUUUGCAAUGGAAGCUUUGUGCCUAUAUAUUUUUUUUACUUGGAAGAAUUCCUACCGACUGAGUUUGUGGUGUCAUUUGAUAAUCAACGUCUUAACAUUCUCAGGGUGAAGGACUAAAAUGCAAUCAGUACACUUUCAUCUUCAGUAUUUCUCUCUGGUUGUUUCCUUUGAUUUGGUGACUUGAAAUAGUCUACGUAAUCUUGCCAUGUUGUAUGACGUGAACAUGUUACAACCUUAGCAUCAAGUACAUCUGGAAGUCGAAGCUCUGGUGGAGCAUUAGUUUUCUCUUCUAUUUGUGCGUCUUGAACAUUCUGUAUCUCUUUAGGCUGGACAUUGAUAGUGAUCUAGCAAAGACAGGUUUGUUGGUUUAAGACCUCCCUAAGUUUUUGUAAGUUUGAGCUCGUUUAAGGAAGGGUAGAAAGAAUUGCAUUUAAGAAGAAUGAAUGAAUAUAGUAAAACAUUUUUUUACAAUCAGCUAAUCUAGAAGCUUUGAAAACAAUCCAAUGUUGAUUUUUUCCAGUUUGACCCUCUGAAGCUUAAGUAACUACGAGUUGAGAGUGUCCAAGAGAUGGACAAGGAGAUAACAGAGGCACGGAAAAUAUUCCCAUGUCUUUACUGUCUGCUCCGUCCCAAAACCCCUUCCAACUUGAUGGCGUUAAUGGACAAGCAUCAGCCUGAACCUGAGCUUCUUCCCUCUUAACAGCUUUACGGCUGAUCAGCUGGCUUUCAUCCUCCGUCACCUGUCUCUUCCUCUUUGCUUUUAAAGAAAUAGUCUUCUUGUUGUCUCCCAAGUCCUCAUGCUUUCCUGCUUCAAGUGGGAAGUUAAGAAUAGCUUUGCUUCCUCGUAGUUUAAAAGCUGCCUUGUCAUAACCUCUUGCAGCUUCCAUGGCUGUGUCAAAAGUGCCUAACCAGACACGAACACCUUUCUUGUUUGGGUCUCUGAUCUCAGCCGCAUACUUACCCCAUGGUCUUCUCCUGACGCCUCUGUAAUGCCUUUGAUCAUUCUCUUGAACCACCGGUGCAGUAGUAGGAACUGCUAUAGUGGCAAGAGGUGGUUUGCGUUGGCUUAGAGUUGAGGUGGUGCAGUGGUGGAUGGUGGAGGCAAAGGUGUCUAAGGAAGGGAAAUCAGUAAGAAGGUGUUGGGUUAUGAGAUCUAAAGCUGACUGGUCUUGUUCUUGCUGUUGUUGAUGUGAAGAAGCCAUAGAUGAUGAAUUAUGUUGGAGUCUUCUUUGUGGUUUUGAUUAUGGAUUUUGGUUUUUGAGAUUGGAGGUUAUAUAUAAAAGUGGGAUUGAGAGGUUUCGUAGCUAG